AACCCUCCAGCAUGCCAGCGGUCGGUGUCAAACCGGUCAUCUUUACAGCGCGAGCGGCCUCCGGAGUUUACAGAACCGGGGACAGUUCGACAGAGCGGCGCUGUCGGAGUGUAGACCCUCGAAGUUUGAGCUCUCCGAGACCCCCCUACCACCCGCGCACACCCUCAGACCAACAACUUCGCCUCAAUAAACUCUGCAGCCCCCUGCUCCUCCUCCUCCUCCUCCCUCUCUCCGCAGAAUGGAGGCCGCAGAGCAGGCGGUGUCUCCUGAGGGCCACGGGGUCAGUAACACAGCGCCAGACCCGGCAGCCGAGGCCUACCUGAACUUCAUGAAGAAGCACCGCUGCUAUGACGCCAUUCCGACCAGCUGCAAACUGGUGGUGUUCGACACUGCUCUGCCGGUAAAGAAAGCCUUCUUUGCGCUGGUGGCGAAUGGUUUGCGAGCAGCGCCACUGUGGAAUAGUAAUCUCCAGAGAUUUGUGGGUAUGCUGACCAUCACAGAUUUCAUCAACAUUCUUCACUGCUACUACAAAUCUCCAAUGGUUCAGAUCUACGAGUUGGAGGAGCACAAGAUUGAGACAUGGAGAGGUGAUUCAUUUCAAAAUGUUUUCCUGCAGUUCCACAGCCAAAGCCUCAUCAGCAUCUCACCUGACGCAAGCCUUUUCGAUGCUGUCUACUCUUUACUGAAGCACAAGAUUCACCGGCUGCCGGUCAUUGACCCUCAGUCCGGGAACGUCCUCCACAUUUUGACACAUAAGAGAAUCCUCAAGUUCCUCUACAUAUUUGGAGCCUCAGUCCCAAAGCCCCGCUUCUUACAAAGGAAAAUCCAGGAUGCAGGAGUGGGGACGUUCCGGGACAUCGCCACAGUCCAGGAGACGGCCACCGUCUAUGAUGCGCUGUCCAUAUUUGUGGAGAGACGAGUGUCCGCGCUGCCAGUGGUUGAUGUGGGAGGGAAGGUUGUUGCUCUCUACUCAAGAUUUGAUGUGAUUAAUCUGGCAGCGCAGAAAACCUACAACAACCUGAGCAUGACCAUGCGGGAGGCCGUGAGGAGACGCCGGUGUUUCGUCGAAGGAGUUAUCAAGUGUUACCCUGAUGAGACUUUGGAGACUAUUAUUGAUAGGAUCGUGGAGGCAGAGGUCCACAGGCUGGUCCUGGUGGACCGGGACAAUGUGGUGUGUGGCAUCAUCUCCUUAUCGGACCUCUUGCAGGCCAUAGUUCUUUCUCCAGCGGGCAUAGAUGCUCUGCUUUCCUAGCCCGAUGGGGACAGGCCCGAUUUUCAUCCUCCACACAGUCACCUGUCCUCAUCCAUGCAGUUUCCUCUCACAGCACCUGCAUUGUUCAAAGUUCAUGAUGCCAAGCUGGUCCUUCUGGCGUCAUAGAUCCUGUUCCAUUGGCUGAAAUCACCCACAUGGUUACCUAUUGCAUAAAUGCCACACGUGAAAUAGAUUUAAAACAUUUUUAAUCUACUAAAGAAAGUGUUUUUAUCUCCAAAGUGCUUCGAAAUAGACAGCUCGUGAGCAAAUAUACUGCCAUAAUCAUUGACACUCAUAAUAAUAUGAGGAAUGAAUUCACAGGCAAGGCACAAUUCGGACAUUGUUUUAUGUGAAGGUUGUGAAACUCCCAGGGCUAUUUCAUUUCAAGGGGGACCUUCUGGGCCAGAUAUAUUUGGGAUGAAAGUUAAACAGAGACACUUUGUGACCACAAUCAUUUUAUGCAGUGAUAUUACUUAUAAUUGCAGCCCCAUCAUUAAAUAAGAUAUGCAGAGUUACACAGGGGGAUCUCACGGGAGCGUUAAUUAAACCAGAGUCCUGGUAGGAAAGUCUGUCCACACUUGACAAAACCCCUGGGCAGUUAGUUCCAGUCAGUCAAGACCAGACUCCUACCUCUUAUAAUGGGUAGAGACCUAUAAACCUGAAAUUAAAAGCCACAUUAAAGUGUCAGAAACAUAUUGGAAAUCACUGGUAAAAGCAGACAAAAGUUGCAGUCGUAGUUUGUAGGGUGUAGCUCAAAUAACAUGUAAGAAACAUAUAUUUCUGCUUGUUAUAUUUAUGGCUACUGCACAUGGACAAAAGUAUUGGGACACCUACACAUUAUACCUCCAGGAGCUUUUAUGACAUCCCAUUCUAAAUCCAUAGGCAUUAAUAUGGAG